AUGGAGCUUUACAACUUCGCCGUCGUUGUUGUGCCCCUAGCCACACAAAAGUUGUUGCCCAGUUUUGGUUACAUUGGUAUGGAUCUGCUCUUUCCAACACUGUUGUCCCUCUACCCCACGCCGUGCCAAGCUGCUAAUGAUCUGGGGACAGAAAGAUUGGAGGACAAAUUGAGUGUAAUGAGUGUGAAAAUUGCUUUUGGUUAUCCAAACCUCGGUAACAAUCAUUUUGUCACAUCACCACUAGUCUUUUCCCCUAGUGUUAAACGUUUCGAUCACUGGUGCUGCAUCAAUGGCGAGUUCUUCAUGCAGGGGUCACACGUACACUGUGAACGUGUGACUGCUCUGACUGGCAGCACGGCUUCUCACUCACCAAGGGCAUUUGCAGGAGAUGUGUCUCGUAAUUAUUCCUUGUCUGAGGACUUCCGAAGGAUAUCCAUUUUACGGACCAUCUUUCGAUCCAUUGCCGACUUCUUGGAAUUCCCAGGUAUAAAUGUAGGUGACAAGAAUAUUGAGCAGGAUCGGUCGAGAAAUCUCGACAACCCUUCUGAAGACGAUAUCGAAGUACCAGAGAAGUUUAUCGAUACAUCAGUCGCCGAAUACAUCUCCAGCGCCGACAAUGAAGAGUAUGUCCUCUGUUUUGGACCAAACCAACCACUGCUUUCACGUUGUUUAACUUUUUUGAACUUCAAUGUUUCGGUUAGUCAUAAAUUUCCAGGCAUUCAUUUUCGCAGAGAUCAGGCUGAGGGUUCGGGUGACGACGCAGUUGGCACGCCACAUUUGCUCAUGCCAGGGGACACGCCAUACACAUGUAAGUCCGGGAACUACAUUGACGACUGCUGGUGGUGUGAUCCAAAUUGGCAAGUCCGUCGCCAGGCGCUGGCAAACUGCGUAAUUGGCUUUGGACAGAAUGCGACAGGAGGAAAGAACGGCAAACUAUAUGUCGUCACCUCCAAUAAAGACGACAUCAAGAAACCGGAAGCGGGAACUUUGCGUUUUGGCGUGACGAGAUCCGAGCCUCUAUGGAUAAUCUUCAAUGGGAGCAUGACCAUCAGGCUGGCAGGGGAGCUCGUCAUGACCAGCGACAAGACCAUCGACGGGCGCGGUGCAGAGAUCCACCUUGUGGGAUCGUCUCAAAUCACCAUCGAGGAAAUCUCAAACGUGAUCAUCCAUGGGAUUCACAUACAUGACAUCAUCUCCUCUGGCCCCCAUCACAUUCUCACAGCGCCCUCGCAGCACUCUCUCCGAGCUAAGACCACAGGUGAUGCUAUCCAAAUCAAGCAAUCGCGUCACGUCUGGGUUGACCACUGCUUCCUAUCGAAGGCCGCCGAUGGCCUUGUCGACGGAACCAAGAACUCGACGUUCAUUACAGUCUCGAAUUGUUACUUUGAGAAACACAAUAAGGUGAUGUUGUUUGGAGCCGCUCCUGAGGAUGACUUCGACAGGAACAUGCAGGUUAUCGUCGCUUUCAACAGAUUCGGACCUGGCCUUACUCAGAGAAUGCCCAGAUGCCGCUACGGGAACUGCCAUGUUGCAAACAACUUCUACACCGACGGGUGGGGUUUGUAUGCCAUCGGUGGUAGCGAGGACCCAACCAUUCUGAGCCAAGCAAAUAGGUUCAUUGCCCCCGAUGCUACAGACAGAAAAGAGGUGACGAAACGUCUUGAUGACGAUGGAUCCACUUUCGGAGGAUGGCAAAAAUGGGACUGGAUGUCGAUUGGCGACAGUUUCGCGAGUGGAGCUUUUUUUGUUGGAUCUGGAGUGCAGAAUGCAUCAUCAGCUGUCGACGACAGAGCUCGCAGCUUCGUGCCUCGCCAUGCCUCGUGGGCGCCAAGCAUGACCGAGGAUGCCGGUCCUCUCAGUUGA